UUGCGCCUGAAGAGAGAGUGCUCCUAUUGGUUGGAGAUCACGCCGCAGCGCCGCGCGUACUCCCAGAAGAAGGUGUGCUGUCAGCAGCCGUUGAAAAAUGGCGACUGUUACUGAGCUGAAAGCUGUUUUAAAGAACACCUUGGAAAAAAAGGGAGUGUUAGGACAUUUAAAAGCAAGGAUCCGUGCUGAAGUUUUCAAUGCCCUGGAUGAUGAUCAUGAACCCCGGCCAUCAUUGUCUCAUGAAAACCUUAUAAUUAAUGAAUUAAUUAGAGAAUAUUUGGAAUUCAACAAAUAUAAGUACACAGCCUCUGUCCUUAUAGCAGAAUCUGGUCAACCCAUAGUUCCAUUGGACAGACAGUUUCUCAUCCGUGAACUAAAUGCCUUUGAAGAAUCAAAAGAUAACUCAAUUCCUCUGUUAUAUGGAAUUUUAGCCCAUUUCUUGCGUGGUCCUCCAGAUGACAUCCAGAAUGUGUUUCUGACAGAGUCGACACUCCAGCCUCCAAACAGGCAUCCCAGCUGGAAGCCCAACAGAAAACCAAAGGAUGGCCACCUGAGGAAGGACACGGGGCCAAGCACCACGACUGAAGAGCCUCAUGCUGCUGUGCAAGCAGUCAGUAGAUGAUACAUAUACCAGGCUGUCUGAUCUCAGCUGUGUCUGUGGAGUAACUCACUUAUUAUUUCCGAUACCAUUGAUUAGACCACCACAGUUUAUAAAUGUUUGAUGUUCUCCAUUUAGCCCCUCAAGUUUUACUGCAUCUAUGAAAAGCUAAUCCAUCUUGCUAGAAGCCAUUGGAGAAAAAAAUGUACUGUUUUCAGGAUUUUGGGGGUGGUGGUGUUUGU